CUUCUUCUACAAAAACAAUGUUCUCCUGUGGAUGCUCUCUCACUGGACAGAGGAAGAUCAUCUAAACCAACUGUCCAUCCCAACAUGGCUGAUGACAUCUACAGCAGCACCUUCUCUGCCUCUGAAUCAGACUUCUCCUCCUCCUCCUCCUCCUCCUCCUCCUCAGCGUCCACGUCCUUCCUCACACUUGAGCAGAGGGCGGCCUUCGUCUUCGUCCUCAUCCUCUUUAUCUUCUUGGGCCUGCUGAUCGUUCGCUGUUUCCGGAUCCUUCUGGACCCGUACCGGAGCAUGCCGUCCUCCACCUGGACGGACUACAUGGAGAAGGACACCUUUGACUACCGGAUUUCCUGACAGGCAGCCUGAGAGGCAGCAACCCUGACCAUCAACAGGUUUAACUGAGGCGACAAUCACACUGAGCGAGUAAAGCAGAGACAUGAGCGCACAUUUC